AAACCCUAGCGUUCUCUUCCUUCUGUUUCACUCAGCUGCAGCUUCUCCUCCCCAGUCCAGCGGACUUCUCCACCACCGCUACCCUUCACAGCGCCGCCACCACCUAGAGAAAAUGGAGGUGGAAAACACUUCUUCUUCACUCCCGGUAAAACCCAAUUUCCAACCCUUGAAAGCUCACGAAAUCUCCUCGGGCCAAGUCCAAUUCCGCAAAGUCCCCGUCCCACCUCACCGCUACACUCCUCUCAAGAAAGCCUGGAUGGAAAUCUACACGCCAAUAUAUGAUCAGAUGAAAAUCGACAUCCGAAUGAAUCUCAAGGGCCGAAAAGUCGAGCUGAAGACCCGACCAGACACCCCGGAUAUCAGCAACCUCCAAAAAUGCGCCGACUUCGUCCACGCCUUCAUGCUCGGUUUCGACGUGUGCGACGCCGUUUCGCUGCUGCGAUUGGAUGAAUUGUAUGUCGAAUCAUUCGAGAUAAAAGAUGUCAAGACUUUGAGAGGGGAUCAUCUGUCGAGGGCUAUUGGGAGAUUGUCGGGAAAAGGAGGGAAAACAAAGUUUGCCAUUGAAAAUUCGACGAGAACUAGGAUUGUCAUAGCUGAUACUAAGAUUCAUAUACUGGGUUCUUUUGCGAAUAUUAAGAUUGCGCGGGAUUCACUUUGUAGUCUUAUUUUGGGGUCUCCCGCUGGCAAGGUUUACUCCAAGCUUAGAGCUGUCACUGCCCGUUUGGCGGAGAGGUUUUGAAUUAUUUUUAAUCUAAUAGUAAUUCGAUUGUAAUUUAGUUAGUUAAAAGAGAUGGAUUCUGGAUUCUGUUUUUGUGAGAUUAUAUAUGUUGAGCGUCAUAGAAUAUGAAUUAUGGCUGAGAGAACGUUGAGCAUAGAACAUUUUUGUGAGGAUUUUAUUUUCUCAAUUUUACUGAUGCGCUCACUUUGAGAUUUCAAUUAAUGGUGCAAUUUUGUCUCAAUUGUACUGGUUGCUGUAUUUGAGAUGUGAAUUUAUGGUGCAAAUUUUACUUCUAGAUUUUUGGGGACA